AUGUCUCUGGAACGCCAAGUUCGUGCUAAGCUCGCUUCCAAGCGCAACCCUGAACAGGAGAAGGAGUGCCAGGGAUGGAUCGAAACGGUCCUUGGUGCCAAAUUCCCUCCCAGCGAAGCUUUUGAGGACGUCCUCAAGGACGGCACUGUGCUCUGUCAGCUCAUCAACAAACUGAAGCCUGGCUCAGUUAACAAGAUCAACACAUCUGGUGGACAGUUCAAGAUGAUGGAGAACAUCACAAACUUCCAGGCCGCCAUCAAAGCCUAUGGUGUCCCUGACAUAGAUGUUUUCCAGACCGUCGACCUUUGGGAGAAGAAGGACAUCGCCCAGGUUGUCAGCACACUUUUCGCUCUCGGCCGUGAGACCUACAGGCACCCCGAAUGGAGCGGCCCAUACCUGGGACCCAAGCCCUCUGAAGAAUGCAAGCGUGACUUCUCCGAGGAGGUCCUUAACGCUGGCCAGACAGUGAUCGGCCUCCAGGCUGGUUCCAACAAGGGAGCCACUCAGGCUGGGUCUAACAUGGGCGCUGGCCGCAAGAUCCUGCUCGGCAAGUGA